CCCUGUUGCAGGUACCGAUAAGUACCCACGACCCUGGUCUCAGCUGCGAUUUUUAGCUGAAAAUUCUCGGGACAAAACGAUGGCCUCCGUUAACAAAUUAGCAAUUUUGAGCCGCACCCUCAGCUCCGCAGCCGCUCAGGCGACGGUGAAGCCCCCAGUGCAGGUGUUCGGCCUGGAGGGCCGCUAUGCCACCGCUUUGUACUCGGCCGCCUCCAAGCUGAGCCAAUUGGACCAGGUGGAGAAGGACCUGACCGCCCUUCAGGCCACCAUCCGUGGCGACAAGAAGCUUCGCGAGUAUGUGACCAGCCCCAUCAUCAACAAGAAGGUCAUGGCUACCGCUCUGAAGGAGGCCUCCGAGAAGCUGCGCUUCGCCCCGGCUACUGCCAAUCUUCUGGGUCUGCUGGCCGACAACGGACGCCUAAAGAAGUUGGAUACUGUGAUCAACGCCUACAAGACUAUCAUGGCCGCCCACCGCGGUGAGGUCGUCUGCGAGGUGAUCACCGCCAAGCCCCUGGAUUCUUCCCAGAGCAAGCAACUGGAGGGUGCUCUCAAGUCCUUCCUGAAGGGCAACGAGUCGCUGAAGAUCACCUCCCGCGUGGACCCCAGCAUCAUCGGUGGCCUAAUUGUUUCCAUUGGCGACAAAUACGUCGAUAUGAGCAUUGCCACCAAGGUCAAGCUCUACACCGAUGUUAUCCAGACCGCUGCCUAGACCCUUAAGGAUAAGCUCUCGAUUAAGAUGGUUCAGACUAAAAGUUUGGUAUUGGAUUCAAGCGGUAAUUUCAAAUAAACCACUCCUCACCCUUAGAAAUCCAA